AUUUGUCUAAGGAUCCUUGGCUUGUCUCACUCGUUGGUGCGUCUUCUAUUUUCAUUUCAUCAUAUUCAAGGUUGAGGAGCAAGCACACAUGGAAGCCACCCACCUGCCGGCCAAGGAUCAGCUGAGCCCUGGGGCUGAUGCUUGUCCACUCUGCUGAGAAUGGCACCAAGGCCCAGUCUGGCACCAGGACAAAGGUUAACCCAGGCCACUCCUGGACAGUGAUCCUGAUGUCUGUUUUGAGCUGUGCUGCCCAAGGUGUGAGAACAGCCGUCCCCGUUCGGCGCCAUGGCGUCCGCAGAGCCCCUGACGGCGCUGUCCCGCUGGUACCUGUACGCCAUCCACGGCUACUUCUGCGAGGUGAUGUUCACGGCGGCCUGGGAGUUCGUGGUGAACUUGAACUGGAAGUUCCCGGGGGUGACGAGUGUGUGGGCGCUGUUCAUCUACGGCACGUCCAUCCUCAUCGUGGAGCGCAUGUACCUGCGCCUGCGGCGCCGCUGCCCGCUGCUGCUGCGCUGCCUCAUCUACACGCUCUGGACCUACCUGUGGGAGUUCACCACCGGCCUCAUCCUGCGCCAGUUCAACGCCUGCCCCUGGGACUACUCGCAGUUCGACUUUGACUUCAUGGGGCUCAUCACCCUGGAGUACGCCGUGCCCUGGUUCUGCGGGGCGCUCAUCAUGGAGCAGCUCAUCAUCCGCAACACCCUCCGCCUGCGCUAUGACAAGGACGCUGAGCCCGGGGAGCCCGGCGGCCCCCUGGCCCUGGCCAACGGCCAUGUCAAGACUGACUGAGUGGGGAGCAGGCCAGGGCCCCGGGGUCUCUCGUGGAACCCAUGGAUGAGAGACCGAGCUGGUGGGGCCUCCUGGGUCCAGCACAGGCCCUGCCGCGCCCGGGCCUCGGCCCUGCAGGGCGCGCACGAUCCUCAUGCCCUCCACUGGGGGCCGGGGUUACGGGGCGUGGUCGGGGGCUGGGCGGGGUGCGGAGGCAGCAGAGGGACAUUGGGAAGGUCCGUGGACCUCGGCCCAGCUCAGAGGCUGGCGGAGGGAGGCCUGUGGCUGAGCAGCGAUUGGACUUCAUGGAUGACUUUGGAAGCGGCAGGAUCUGUCCUGCAGGGGACGUUGGGAUUGGGGCCACAGGUGGGAGGCAAGGCCUGGGGAGGCUUUGGGCUGCUGUUGCAGCCGCCUCCCUACCUCUCACCUGGAUUCAGUUGGGCUUUGGCUGGUUCCAUUAGGUAAUAUUCAGGUGCUUGCUUGCAACCAAUACCUCCCCAGGGGCCUGCUGAGCUGCAGCCUAGGAGAGACUGGGCAGCCAGGAGGCCGCUUGGCCGCAGUGCUGGUCUGCAAGGGCUGGGAGACCUUCCCUCGGCUCCUUUCCCCUCCCCCAGGGCCCCACGCUGCUCCCUCGGCCUUCUGGGGGCCCCCCGUGGUGCUGGAUUCCCACCAACCUUGGGCUUUUGGAGGUUUCAAUCCCCGUGUGUUCGGUGGCGUUUCCCCUUUUCUCUUAUUUUCAAGGCCUUUACCACUAGCAGCUCUUUUAUCCACGUCAAUCACCACGCCCACCUGCAUCCCCAACUCCCUAACCCCCACAGCAACUGCCAGAGAUAGACCCUGAGACAAGCCCCACCCUGCCCUCUUGCAGCCUUCCCUCACUGUUCCCACUGGCCUGAUGAUAGGGAGUCCUGAGUCAUGCCUGCCCACCCCUGGUCUGAUGGGCUGUGGCAAUGCCGCCUGUCCACAGUGGCCCAGCUGAAAAUGAAUGAUACCCUCCAAUGCACAGUCAGGCUGAGAUGGGUCCUGUGGCCCCACUGUGGGGGAAAGGCAGAGUUCUCAGUUAUCUAUGCCCUGAUGGGUUUAUUUUCCAGCCAGUUGGGCAAUCUAGCUUUCCAGGGGAUGGAGGAGCAGGUAGCCGGUGCUGAAGACCCAUGAGAAUGAGUGAGGGAGAAAAGAAGAGGAACUUUCAGCCUUGGAAGGCUCUUUGGAGCAUCCUUCCUGGGAAGGGAUCAGUUCUGGUUCUGCCAUAGCCCCAGCCCUGUAGCAAAACCCUAGGGCUGCCCCUCUCCCCCACCC